UAAUGGUAGAGUAGUAACGAGUCCAUUUCUAAGGAUUACUUGGUGCCACUGCUUCUCUUAUAUCUACACUUGCUGUCUAACCUCUAGAGGUUAUCAAAAUGGUCAUGAUUGUUAAAUCUAAUCCAGCAAACUAUAGAUUAACAAGUACAUAUGGAUCAGCUGAAUACAUACUUAUCAAUGAAGGACUCAAUGGAUUUUAUCGCGGCUUGCGUAGAAUUUUCCUCCAUUACAUAAGGCCCUGCAUUAGUUAGAAAUAUGAGCGCUGGCUUCCUAUAUUUUCAAAUGUUAUCCUAUGCUACAAGCGUAAACCGUAAUGUUUCACAAGACUUUCUUGCUUCCUUUUUUGCCAGAGGGUACAUCACACAUCUAAUAUUAAAGACUAUCCAAUUUCAUUACUAAUCCAAUUCUCUUAAUUGAAACUCGUGCUGAAGUUCCUGGAUACUAAUACACUUCCUUAUGGAAAACAGCUAAAACAAUUGCAAAAUAAGAAGGUUUAAUGAGCUUCUUUAAAGGAGGUCUCACAUGCUCAAUUAAAGAUAGUCUAUUUGCAGGAGUAAUAAAUUAACAUUAAGAUUAGAUCUAUUAUGUUGUUUAUAGAAAGAUGCAUGAGAUGUUCUUAACAGCAGAUUCUGGUUUUUCCCCUUCAAUUACUUUCCUAUCUGGAAUGACUGCUGGUUUAGUUGGAACAUGUGCAAGUCAUCCCUUUGAAAUUCUUAGAGCCAGAUUAUAAACUAAUUAUUAUCAUGAUAAAAUGACUAUAAUGGAAAGAUUCAAAAGCACUUAUCAAAAUGAAGGACUAUAUGGGUUCAUUAUAUUAAUUAUUAUUAGAUUUACUAAAGGUCUUAGUCCAAGAUUAGUUCGAAAGCCUUUAGCCAAUUCGAUUUCAUUUCUUCUUGUAGAACAUUUAAAUCACCUCUUGUAUGGUACUUAAUUUCACUUUUGAA